UGCAAGUCAGGGUUGCUGUGUCACUCGGCCCGUUCGGCGCUCCCCUUCCCCGUCGCCCUUCCGCACCGGCUCUCGGGCUCUUCCGGUCUUCAGCGGCCCCUCACCUGCAGGCCCCUCGGCCGCCGCGUCCCGGCGCACCCCCGGCCUUCCCUGCGGACUGAUCUCGCGCGGUGCCUGGGCCCCGGGCGCCGGAGAGACGAGGGCCAUGGCGAGCGGUGCCGCCAGGUACCGGCUGAGCUGCUCGCUCCCGGGCCACGAGCUGGACGUGCGGGGCCUGGUAUGCAGCCUUUAUCCGCCGGGGGCCUUUGUGUCCGUGUCCAGAGACCGCACUACCCGCCUCUGGGUCCCAGACAGUCCUAACAGGGGCUUUACAGAAAUGCACUGUAUGAGUGGCCACUCCAAUUUUGUAUCUUGUGUAUGCAUCAUACCUUCAAGUGACAUGUACCCUCAUGGACUAAUUGCCACUGGAGGAAAUGACCACAAUAUUUGCAUUUUCUCACUGGAAAGUCCAGCACCACUUUAUAUACUGAAAGGUCAUAAGAAUACUGUUUGUAGUCUUUCAUCUGGAAAAUUUGGGACAUUACUUAGUGGCUCCUGGGACACCACUGCAAAAGUCUGGCUGAAUGACAAGUGCAUGAUGACCUUACAGGGUCAUACAGCUGCAGUAUGGGCAGUAAAGAUCUUACCUGAGCAGGGCUUAAUGUUAACUGGAUCAGCAGACAAGACUAUUAAACUGUGGAAAGCUGGGAGGUGUGAGAGGACCUUUUCAGGGCACGAAGACUGUGUAAGAGGUUUAGCAAUUUUGAGUGAAACAGAAUUUCUUUCCUGUGCAAAUGAUGCUAGUAUUAGAAGGUGGCAAAUCACUGGCGAGUGUCUUGAAGUAUAUUAUGGACAUACCAAUUAUAUUUAUAGCAUAUCUGUCUUUCCAAAUUGUAAAGAUUUUGUAACAACGGCAGAAGACAGAUCUCUGAGAAUCUGGAAACAUGGGGAAUGUGCUCAAACAAUCCGACUUCCAGCUCAGUCUAUAUGGUGCUGCUGUGUUCUAGACAAUGGUGACAUUGUGGUUGGUGCGAGUGAUGGUAUUAUUAGAGUGUUUACAGAAUCAGAGGAUCGGACAGCAAGUGCUGAAGAAAUCAAGGCUUUUGAAAAAGAACUCUCUCAGGCAACAAUUGAUUCCAAAACUGGUGAUUUAGGAGACAUUAAUGCUGAGCAGCUUCCUGGGAGGGAACAUCUGAAUGAACCUGGUACUAGAGAAGGACAGACUCGCCUAAUCAGAGAUGGGGAGAAAGUCGAAGCCUAUCAGUGGAGUGUUAGUGAAGGGAGGUGGAUAAAAAUUGGUGAUGUUGUUGGCUCAUCUGGUGCUAAUCAGCAAACAUCUGGAAAAGUCCUAUAUGAAGGGAAAGAAUUUGAUUAUGUUUUCUCAAUUGAUGUCAAUGAAGGUGGACCAUCAUAUAAAUUGCCAUAUAACGUCAGUGAUGAUCCCUGGUUAACUGCAUACAACUUCUUACAGAAGAAUGAUUUGAAUCCCAUGUUUUUGGAUCAGGUGGCUAAAUUUAUUAUUGAUAACACAAAAGGUCAAAUGUUAGGACUUGGGAAUACCAGUUUUUCAGAUCCUUUUACAGGUGGUGGUCGGUAUGUUCCGGGGUCUUCAUCAGGAUCUUCUAAUACACUGCCUGCAGCAGAUCCUUUUACAGGUGGUGGUCGUUAUGUGCCAGGGUCUGCCAGUAUGGGAACUACCAUGGCUGGAGUUGAUCCAUUUACAGGGACUAGUGCCUACCGAUCAGCUGCAUCUAAGACAGUGAAUAUUUAUUUCCCUAAAAAAGAGGCUGUUACUUUUGACCAGGCAAACCCUACACAAAUAUUAGGUAAACUGAAGGAACUUAAUGGAACUGCACCUGAAGAGAAAAAGUUAACUGAGGAUGACUUGAUACUUCUUGAAAAGAUACUGUCUCUCAUAUGUAAUAGUUCUUCAGAAAAACCUACAGCCCAGCAACUUCAGAUUUUGUGGAAAGCUAUUAACUGGCCUGAAGAUAUUGUUUUUCCUGCACUUGACAUUCUUCGGUUAUCAAUUAAACAUCCCAGUGUGAAUGAGAACUUCUGCAAUGAAAAGGAAGGGGCUCAGUUCAGCAGUCAUCUUAUCAGUCUUCUGAACCCUAAAGGAAAGCCAGCAAACCAGCUGCUUGCUCUGAGGACUUUUUGUAAUUGUUUUGUUGGCCAGGCAGGACAAAAGCUCAUGAUGUCCCAGAGGGAAUCACUAAUGUCUCAUGCAAUAGAACUGAAAUCAGGGAGCAAUAAGAACAUUCACAUUGCUCUGGCUACACUGACCCUGAACUAUUCUGUUUGUUUUCAUAAAGACCAUAACAUUGAAGGGAAAGCUCAAUGCUUAUCAGUAAUUAGCACAGUCUUGGAAGUUGUACAAGACCUAGAAGCCACUUUUAGACUCCUUGUGGCUCUUGGGACACUUAUCAGUGAUGAUUUAAAUGCUGUACAGUUAGCCAAGUCUUUAGGUGUUGAUUCUCAAAUAAAAAAGUAUGCCUCAGUAUCAGAACCAGCUAAAGUAAGUGAAUGCUGUAGACUUAUCCUAAAUUUACUGUAACAAUGGGGACGGGGCUGAGAUUUUAAAUUGAUUAGUGUUUUUUCUCACGUUUUACAUGACUGAUUACAGA